AUGGAUCGAAGAAACAUCGAACUGAAGAAAAAACAAUUGUUAGAAAAAAGGGCUGCCAAAAAAAAAGAAAUACAAAAACGAAAAGAAGAGUUACAAUCAAAUGCUGGUUUACAAAGUCAAUUUUUUGAUCAGUUAAUUGCCCGUGUACAACAACCAACAUUUUUAACUUCUACUGUUGAUAUGAAUUUAGUUAGUUGUUAUGUUGAAAUAUUAAAAGAUACUAAAGAGCUUAACAAAGUUCAAUAUGAAUUCUUAGCACCUUUUUUACCAGUAAUUUCAUGGCAACUAGCACAUGUAGAUUUAUCAUGGAGUUUAACACAACCACAAAAUAAUUAUCAACAAUUAGAACAUAUUACAACAGAAAUUUUACGAUAUUCAUGUAAGAUUAUUAAAUCAAUUAAUUCAGGUAAAAUAAAAGAAAAUCUUAAUGAUGGGAUUAAUAAUUAUUAUAUCUUUAAACAAAUUCAAGUUGCUGUUAGUAUAUUAUGUGGUUAUUCAGAAGACUUUUCAUAUAUUGAAGUUAUGAAAUUAUUUACUGAUCAUCAAAAUAUUUGUUAUCCAUUAUUUGCUGUUUCUCAAGAAACUACUGAUAUUAUGCAAAUAGCUGUUGAGGGUGUUCUUCAUGAAACAAUUCCUGUUGCUAUGAAAGCAAGAAUUCCAGAUGCAUUACCACAAAUGAACACAAUUUCAUUAAAAAGUCUUCUUCAUGGGGCUGUAGCCUCAGGAGAUAUAAUGAGUAAAAGUGAAAUGGAAGAAAAAGGAAAAAACGUAUUUGGUAAAUUAGUUGAAGAAAAUCAAACAAUUUUUAAUUGGGAAUUAUUAUCAAUUGGAGCUAUUCUUCAAUAUUGUCAGAUGAUUCUUGAACAAGUAGAUAUGAAUAUAGAACAUGUUGAUGAGGUUAUUCAUGAACAACGAGUUGGAAGGUCAUUGAGAUUAGUAAGAAGUGUAUUAAAUUUCAUUAGAAAAUUUGAAACAAUUGAACCCACUUGUGUUGGUGAUAUUGUUACAUUAGCAAAUGUAUUAGUAACAAUGCACGAACAUUUAUGUCAAACAACUAUUUCAUGUCACACAUAUUGUGAUUAUCUUUGUGAAUGUUUAUUUAAUCUAUCACUUAUUUUAAAAGAACAUAUUGGUAAUCCUGUUGUCUAUGUAAAUUUAGAAGCAUAUAUUGCUGCACGUUUAUUUGGAUCUUUAUUUUCUAAAGACCAAACACUAACUCGAAUUAUUGAAAUGGUUCAAAACAAAGAUGAAAUACCACUCCCUUGUUUACAUUCAACAGCACUAGCACUUACUUUUUCUAGAGAUAUUUUCUCUCGUCUUCAAUCUAAUUUGACUACUGUUGUUGAUGUAUCAAGUUAUAAAAAUUAUUCAAGGAUUAGUUGUCAACUUGAGGUUUAUACAUACAAAUUUGAUGCUUUUGCUGUUCAGACGUUUGAAUAUUUAACAGAAUUAAUUCUUUCACCAAAUGGAGUAUUUUUGGAUACUUUAUUUUCACUAUUAUUAACUUCAUUUAUUGGUAUUGGUUAUGAAGAAGCUAAAGAAAAAAUUCGAUUAAUGAAAUUUGAUCGAGAUGAGACAAUGAAAACAUAUCAAAAAUAUGAUGUAGAUUAUGAAUUAACUCGUAUUGUUCCAUUAUAUCUUGCUGUUCAUAUCUUUGCUGAAUCCCCUUGUAAAGCAUUAAGAGUAUAUGUCAAACAAUAUUUUUCAAGACAACAUAUGGAUUCACUAUGGAUGAUUAUUAUUGCACAAUCACCAAGAGUUUCAUUAAAUAAUGAUAAUAAACCACCAUUUGGACCAUUAAUAUCUGAUGCAGAAUCAAUCACCAAUUUGCGUGUAUUGUUGAAACAGUUAGUUAAUAACAGACAUAUCACAGAUACAAAUCUUCAAAUUCUUCUUGAAAAAAGAAGAGAUAAUUAUCCUUUAGUUGUUCCAGUUGAACUUGCUGUCUUUACUGCUCGUUUAUGGAUUCACAGAAUAAGUUAUACUAACAUUAUUGAAGGAAAAGAUGAUCCUGUUGCUUUAAAAGAAUGGGAUGUUUUUCUUAAUGCAUUAGAACGAUUAAUUGCUUCAACCGAUGAGUGGAAAGGAGAAGAGUGUAUUGGUUAUGAAACAGUAUGUAUGAUGUUGUUUAUCUUUCAUAAUUUAAGUAGAGUAUCAAGAAUUACUUAUAUGAGAAAAUUAUUUAAAAUGCUCCAAAACAUACCACCAAAAUUAACUGCAAAAGGAAUUGUUGGAUUGACAAGAGCACUGUUAAUACUUGAUUAUAUGUUAAGAUAUCACAAUGACUUUUCUGCAGAUUUGUUAAAUGAAAUUAAAAAUGCAUUGUUAUCAAGAUCAUUCGAAGAACAUGGAGAUUUAGUACAUGACACUUGUAUUAUUCCUGCUUUUAUUGAAAAAUUAAAUUAUUCUGAUGCACUAGCAUCAUUUGCAGUAGAAACACAUGACAACAUUCCACCACCUAAUGGAUAUAUUAGAUUUUAUGGAUUUACUAAAUAUUCAAAUUAUGAUAAUUAUCUUAGUGAUUUAAGACUUGGAAUGCAUUAUCCACUUGGUUCAGUUGUUAUGCUCACAAACACUACUGAUUAUUCAAAAACAUAUGAACAUUUAUUAGGGUUAUUAAGAGAUUGUGUUGUUGAACCACCAAAGAAUCCAACACUUCAAAGUGCAACAUUUAUUCUUGGAGAAUACUAUUUUAAUUCAUUGUGGAUGAUUAUGUGCUUAUUACCACCACCUCAAUCAUUCAUUGAUCAAUUCAAAGAUAAACGCCUUUUUGAAAAAUUACCUAUAGGAAAUUUAUUAUUACACUAUGUUAAUUGGAUGACAAAUCUAUGUUAUUUAACUGAUAAACAACGUUCUAAAUUUUAUAAAGAGGUUGAUAUUUCAAGUAUGAGGAUUAAAAAUCAUAUUCAGGCAUUAGUUGAAAUACUUCAAAAGAUUAAAUCUCAACAAGACAGUAACAAAUUAGUUCGUAUCGAUGCUAUUGUAGAAACAAUUAUUCAAUUUAUUACAUGUGCAACAUUAAAUGGUAAAUAUCUUGAUUUGUACCGAACUCAAUUAGCUUUAAGAAAGGAAAAACACGAAGAAGCUCUUAAAGUUGAAAAAUUAACUCAAACAGAAGAAGACAAAAAGAAAUUUGAAAAGGCUAUAAAAGAAAUGAAAGAAGAAGAAGAAAAAAAGAAGUUUGCUAAAGAAGAAAAGAAAAAAGUUCAAAAUGAUUUAAAGAAACUUGCUAAAGAAGAAAAAGAAAUCAGAAAUGAAAGUAUAUUAAAAGGAUUAAAAGGUUUAUUAAAGAAGGAUUUAAAGAGUAAUAAAAAUGAAGAUAUUGCUGUAGAAGCUUUAGAAACAAAAGUACUUGAAAGUGAUGCAAGAAGAAAAAGAAAAUUGUUAAAGAAAAGAGAAGAAUGGUCACAACCCAUUGAUGCACCUGAAAAAUUAAAUGAAGGAGUAAGAGAUAUUAUUUUCAAAUCACCUAAAGAAUUCUUUGAAAUUUGUGGUGCAUUAUUAGAAAAAUAUGUAAAUUGUAUUAAAACUCAACAAUUGGGAGGAAUCAUUGGUCUAGAUAGAGGAAUUAUUGUUGAUACAAUGAGAGGUAAUAAUGUAAAUUGGAAGAAAGAUGCCAUUAUCAAUGUAUUAUUUGAAGGUGUACAACAAGAGUCAUUAAAUAAAUAUAUUAGUUCUAUGGUCUUAACUGAUGAAACAAUUCACUUUAUUACAGACAAAUGGGGGACUAAAUUAUAUUUAUGGGAAGAUGAAUUUUAUCAUCCAUUACAACAUAUUCUUGAUGCCUCAGUCAGUUGUCCUAUUAGGCUAUGUGAUAGGGCUUAUUUUGCUACAGUAUCUUCAACUCAAAAAAUUGUUAAAUCUAUUAUCACUUUAUCAACCUUAAUCUCUAUCCAAGCAAAUGUUAAAAACAACUUUGAAUCUACUUCAUUGAUGAAUACAUUACUGAUGAUUAUUCCUGAUAAAGGAUUUAAAUAUACACAAGAAAGGGCCAUUGAAUUAGCAUUAAGAAUUGGAGGAGAACAAACAUCACCAAUUUUAAUUGAAGAGUCUAAACUAUUCCGAGGAGAUCAAUUCCUAAACUUUAUUCUGCAAAGAGAGAAAGUUGAUGAUGGAACAGUUGGGUGUGUAACUAACUGUUUAGAUGUGAUGGAACAAGCAGUAAAACAAAUCAAACAAAAAGUGAAGAAAGUCGAUUACUAUUUGACUAAGACAAGACAAUUUGGAGAUUCGGAUAUGAAACUAUAUUUAUUAGUUGGUGGUAAAGUAAAAGACAAAGUAGUUUUAAGACGAAUAGAAGAAUAUUUACAAACAUUAAUAGAAGGAGAUGAAGAAAUGAAAAAGAAAUUUUCUAGUGCAAUGAAAGGAUGGAAAAAUCCAGCGUUCGGAGAAUGGUGUAUUCAAAAGAUUAUUGGAACAGAAGAAAACAAGAAAUUUGUUGAAAGUGGUGAGAAAGAAAGUAAUGAGUUAUUUGAUUUCUUUGAAACAGUUAUGGGGAAAGAAGAAACUGUCAAAAAAGAUAUAUUAGAGAAGUUAAUUGAAUCGGUCCCAUUAGUUGUUGAAAGUAAUGGACAAUAUAUCAAGAAAUACUUUAGAACAAUUUUUAAUUAUGUUUCUCAACAAAAAGAAGGAAAGAUCAUUGUUAAUGGUAUCAUGAAAUGGUUUGAAUCUAUUACAAUUGAAAAGGCCAAAUCAUUAAAAGAUUGUGAACCGUUCAGUGAAUUAUUAAGAAUGAUUUAUUAUUUAUUCUGUCAAAUUAAAGAUUCUUCAAGAAGAACUGGUGAUAUGAAUUAUAUUUCAGAAAUUACUCCAAAACCAUUCCAAUGUAGUAAAGAGUUAGUUGGACCAAAACCAUUUUUGCAAAAGAUGUUUUCUGUUGGUGAACAUUCUAAAAAGAAAUAUCUUUGUGUUGAUUGUAGUAAAUAUUGUGUUGAACGAGGAGUUGAUGUAGAUUAUGUUGGAAUGGUUGAAAAAUCUUGUGAGUGUGAAGAUUGUAAAUGUAGAAAGCCUAUUGUAGUUGAUAAUAGAGAAACACUUUGUAUUGAAAAAACAACAAAUAGAGAAAUGGCAAGAUUAUUUGAAAUAGAUAUUGGUUGUAAAAAGAGUGAAGUCCAAUUAGACAAUAUUGUGUCUAAGGCUAUUGAAGCAGCCAUUAGAGAUGAUAAUAAGUUAGGAGAACAAAUAUUUAAUUUCUUUGUUAAUAUGUCUCAUUACAUGUUUAGAGCAUCUGUUGAUGAAAUCUCAUUUUAUGAUGGGUUAUUUAAUAAUUCUGAAAUUCGAGUUAUUAAAACUAAUGAAAGAUAUCUUUCUAAAGAAUUAAUUACAAAAGAACAGCUACAAUUAAAUAAUAUUGAUGAAGUUGAAGAUGAAUUUUUUAUUUCUGAACAAAACAUUCUCUCAUAUGAUGGAAUAAAUAGACUAUAUAGAGUUGUGGAUGAGGCAAAUAUAUUUAGAGGAUCAGAAAGUUUCUCAGUUGAAUAUGCCAUUCGUUCUAUUAAAGUCCAUAAGUAUUCUGAUGGAAUUCUUCUUUUAUCUUCAAUGAAUAAUGUUGACUUGUUAGUUUUUGAUGAAGAAAAAUUAAUUUCUAUUGUUAAUGAAUCAGAAGAUACAAUCAUCCAUAAAAUUCAAUGGCUUGGAACUACAAAUGAGUUUGCUGUUUUUACUGAUAAAUUUGUUAGAAUUGGUAAAUAUGAGAAUGGAACAAUUAUCACCGAAGAAUAUUCUAUUGAUUCUAUUAUUUAUAGUGGAGUUAUAUUGGCAUAUACUGACAAGCAAUAUGUAUUAAUUGUUUCUAAUCAAAAUGGAGAAUUAUUUGUUCAUAUUGUUGAUAGACCAUUAGUACCAGGAAGGUUUAAAAUAUUAAACAAGCAUAUCAAUCUUAAUAUGACUAAAAGAGAAACUAUUAUAUCUAUGGAUUAUUUAGUAGAUAUUGAUGCAAUUGCAUUAAGUACAACAAAACAUUGCAUCAUCAGUAAAUUUGAUUCUUGUAAUUAUUCUCUUUCUCAAUACUUUAUUAUCUCACAUUUCUCACCUACUUGCUGGGUUAAAUUGCCUAAUAAACGUUCAUUCUAUAUGACUUACUCACAGAAAAGUUAUGACCUUCGAUACGUUACAUUCAAAAAAGAGCAUAUUGAGUUGGACGAUAUUUUACAUAGACCUAUUGGUGGUAUCGCACUUGAGCCCAGGGUUGGAUCAAUUUCAAUUGCAGUAUUUAAUGAAGGAGCUCGUUCUAUUGACUAUAUCUCUGAAACUACUACUGAGGUUACUAGUGUCAAAGGAACUGAUUGUGACAUUACUAAAUUAGCAUUUGUUCAAAGUAAAUACGAGACUGAUAACACUUUCAAUAUUGUUAAUGGAAAGAAAAUAUAUUAUAACCGCUUGAUUAUCACUAAUUUGAAUAAAGAUAUGGUUAUUAAAGUUAUCAGAUUACAUUUCAAAGCUGAUACUAUUCCAAUCAAAAUAUUGGUUAAAGGAAGAGAAGUUACUUUACAUAAUAGAGGAAAUAUUCUUACAAUUCCAUUGAUGAACAAAGAAGUUGUAGUUACUGAUCCUAAAAUUGAUCUUACAUUACUUGAUUGUAUAGUUGCUGAACAUCUUUCAUAUCCUUCAAAAGUUGAAGCAUUUGGUAUUUCCAAAAACGUUAUUGGAUUCAAUGAAUUAAGAAUGAAAGCAGGAUUAAGAGAAGAGGGAGAACAACUUCCACUGAUUAUGCCAAUCCAUCAUAUUUGUAAUACUACAUUAAUGUUACUUCUUAGAUAUUUUGAAUUAAAUAUGAAUAAACAAACACAGAAAUUUAUUAAUGAUGUCAAUGAAACAAUGAUAGAAAAAAUAUUUGAUCCUGUUAAUGCUUUUGUACAUGACUCUUUAAUGCAAAUAUUGAGAUACUUAUCUCCUUCAAUUGCAGAAUUAAAACAAAAUAUUAUUUCAUUAUUAAUUAAAGAAUUAAAGAGUAUUACUCCACGACACGCAUAUAGAUUACUUUCAGUGUUUUUAUUAAAAGCAGUAAGUAUUAUGAAUGAACAGCCAAGUGCAUUUAAAACAGAAGAUGCACAAAAUGCAAUGAUUAAUUUUAUAGAAAAAAUUCUUCUUCAUAUUCAAAGUGCAUCAGAAAAUAGAGGUAGUAUGGUUUAUCAAUGUUGUAAAUUAUUUGUUCAUUUGUUAGAAAUUCGAGACUGUAAUACAGUUAUGUCUAAUGUAUUAAUUAAUUAUCUUAGUGAUGAACGAUAUGGAAUUGUUGCUUUAGACGCAUUGUGUAAUGAAAUAAUUAAACCCAUAGAAUUUAAUCAAUUUAAAGAAAAAAUGUCCUUAAAAUUAAAACCAUUAUCAGAAGUUAAUCGUAAAAUCAUUUUAUCAAUUAUUUCACAACAAGCUCCAACUGAUCCUCAAGUAUUUUUACGUAUUUGUCAAUUAAUUUAUGUUUGUUUAACUACUCAACCUAUUGAUAAUCCAAAUUCUGAUUUAUUAAAUAACUUGGUACAUUAUCUUAUUAAACAAAUGAAAAUGUUUAAUACCAAUCCACUUAUUGCUUUUCAUUCCUUUGAAUUAAUUAGAGCUCUUAUUAAAUCAUUUAAUGGUAAAACAUAUGAUUCAUUUGUGGACUCACUAAGGAGUUUUGGAGAGCCUAAUUUCUUUAAAGGUAAUUUAUUAAUACCAAGUGUUUCUUUAAGUCAAAUUAUUUGUCAACAAAUGGACUGUAAGAGUAUUGAAGAUAUUCUUCAUGAUAUGAUUGGUAAAGAGAUUAGUUUAGUACCAAAGAAUGAAAUUACUAUUAUGUAUAAAGGUAAGCACCAUGCCAUUCCAUUGUAUAAAACAAAAGAAAUGAAAGCAGUUGAUUUAACUAUUGAUAUUCUUCAAACUCUAUUUUAUUUACAAGUAAGUUAUAGAACAAAUAAGAUGCCAUUAUUAAAUGGAGAUAAAUGGAAAGGAGUUUUAGAAGCAAUUAUUCAGCUAGAAACACAAGGAAAUAUUCCACGAGGUGUCGUUUCAAAGCAAUUACUGUAUGAGUUAUCAGGAAGUUCAUAUUUAUACCAUCAAGCUACUGACAAGAAAAAAUAUGAAAGAGUGACUAAAUUACUUGAAGGAAAAGAGAGAAAAGAAAUUACUGAAUUCCUUGUUAAAACAGCAAAAAUAUCAAGAAAAAGACCAUCCCAUUGGCAGAAAUUUGCUUUAGAAAAUAAGGAUGUUAUUCAAUUGUUAUUGAAAUGGAUUAAAUCAGAAGUAAAUGAAAUUGUAUUACCUGCUGUCCAAAUGACUCAAUCACUUAUUGUUGAUGAAGUUAAAGCAAAAGACAGUAUCUCAGAGACUGAGUUAUUUGAAAUAGAACUUAUUAACAAAGAAUUAAAACAAAUGAGUGAUUUAAGAAAGAAGGUAUCAGACGAAAUCAUUAAUACAAAAGGUAUUGGAGAUAUCAUCAGAAUGACCGCUUAUGACAAGUGUCAAGAGGUAAGAGAAUUACUUGAAAAAAUGUUUAAAAUAAUUUAUCGUGAUUCAUACGAAACUACUCAAAAGAAACUUUGGGGAUAUUUCUGUGGAGUUUUAGAACACCCUCAAGCUGAUGUAUUAAAUGAAGAGUUUAUCUCAACAAUGAAAACAUUUUCUUUCAUCACUGAGACUCAUGAAAGAAAGGUAACAGUCCCUCUCGUGUUAUAG